AUGGCUCGUGCAAAUACAAUGCGGUGGACGCGGUCUCUCCUUCGCUUCUUACAGUUUGCCUUUUCGCUCAUAGCACUUGCUACGCUGUCACGAGCUUUUGUGGGGGCUUCGUACUAUGGAUACUCAAGUAUGUUGGGCAGCAGAGCAGCGACAUAUGCCACCUUGGUGACCUACACGGGUAUGCUUGUGGGGCUAGCCAUGCUCGUGCUUGUAGAGCUAAUGCAAUUCUACCCUCGUCCAACCCCGCGCUCCGUCGAACAGCUUAUCGACUUUGUCCUAGCAGCCAUGCUAGUAGUUGCUGGAAUCGUUUUGGUUGUGUCUGACUACGUUGCAAACUGUUCCGUGUAUGGCUACAUGUUACGCUGCAACCAGUUGAAGACUGCGGUGGUAUUUACAUUCCUUGCGUCACUGGCGUACUUUGUGUCAUUUCUGGUCAACUGCUGCGAGACCUACAUGGGCCGGCGUAACUACAAUGGAGAACAGAGUGACUCAGAUGGCGGUCAUCAGGGUCCAGGGUAUCACGCUGAGUCUACCCCUAUCGGGGCGUCGCCAAAAGAUACGUCCAGCCGGGUCUAA